CAGUAAAGUCAACAAAACCCUUAAGACCCUGAUAUUCUACACAACAGACAGGGCAGAACAGGACCGACAAACAGAACACAACUGAACAGAGUAAUAGAGUAGAGGAACAACAAAUUCACUUUAAUCUCACUCUGCUCUGACUCUGCUUCUUCUCAAACUUACUCGGAAUCAAAGUCAGCACCAUCACCACUACGGCCUUCUAGCCCUUACACUACUACUACUCCAAACUAACUCCAGCACUACUCCAUCACCAUUACGCCACUACUAAAAAGUACCUGAUUCUUCCUUUAUGGGGCACAAACUUCCCUCGAUCAUCCACUACCAACCAAUUCCGCCAACGAAGUCAUCGCUAACCUGCUAAACUGACUAAACCGACUAAACCGACUAAACCUACCUAAAUCUCCCUAAACCUCCUCCAAAAAGAAGUGGAGAGAGUCGAGAGACAGAGAGAGAGAGAAGUCGAGAGUGGAGAUUCCACAAAGGAACGUCCCCAUCCCUUCCCUCUCACAGAACCACCACCACCACCACCAGCCACCAGCCAGCGACGACGGCGACAAUCUUCUCUCCUUCCUGACCCCCAUACCGCCCAUACCGCCAUUUCCGUUUAUUCCCAUCCUGUCUGAGCCUCCGUUUGAUGCUGCGUCAGCCCGGAAUAUCCUCCCCAUAUCCCCCCAAUCCUCUACAAUUGCACCACCACUCUUAGCUCCCGCAAAAACCGACACUCCAUACCUCGCUCUCGCCCUCUCCCGUUCUUUCCCAAGAUUCUCCACGUUGCCGCGGCCGUGCCUGGUGCGAACUCACGAAACAAAACGAACAGACGAACCUCCCGCUCUUUCCACCCUUCUCGAACGCCCGCUCUACGCCCCCUCGACGCCUCACCGCCGUUGAAUACCGUCGGAUCGUCGACUUCGGGCUCUUGUCUCACAUGCUCCCGAUAUCAACAGCUGCAACUACGACCGCGGCCCCCCGCUCCGAACAGCCUCACUCCCAGCGCACCACCGUUCUGCUCUGUGCCAGCGGAUCAUACCACAUACCCACGAGCCCUGCAAACUAGAAUGUGCAGUCGCCGAAUGCUACUUUCCUGAGCGUUUUUUUUUUAUAAAGUGCCCGCUAUCCCUGCCGGAUCUGCCAGCCGCCUGUUAAGGCUACAUUUGCGACGAUGGGAGCGAGCCAGUCUUCGACGUAUUGCCCGGGCGACGAUGUCGGCCUCAAUCACUUCACCCUCGGACGUGUUGUGGGAAAGGGUGCUUUCGGCAAAGUCCGCAUCGUGGAACAUAAAUACACGAAACUGACGUUUGCGCUGAAGUAUAUCCGAAAAGACGACAUUGUACGAACCGAGAGCGUGAGGAAUAUAAUACGAGAACGCCGAAUGCUGGAACACCUGAACCAUCCGUUCAUUUGCAAUUUACGAUACUCGUUUCAAGAUACCCAAUACAUGUACCUCGUUGUGGAUUUAAUGAGCGGAGGUGAUCUGCGAUUCCACAUUUCGCGCAAGUCGUUUACCGAGGACGCAGUCAAGUUCUGGAUCGCGGAGUUGGGAUGCGCGCUGAAGUAUAUCCAUAAGCAGGGGAUUAUACAUAGGGAUGUGAAGCCAGACAACGUGUUGCUGGAUUCGGAGGGCCAUAUCCAUUUGGCAGAUUUUAAUGUUGCAUCGGAUUAUACGCCCGGAAAACCCCUGACGAGCAAGUCGGGGUCACAACCAUAUCUAUCGCCCGAAGUUUGGGCAGGAACAGGAUACGGCCCGGCUGCGGAUUGGUGGUCGUUGGGCGUCCUCUUCUACGAGUGCAUUUACAACAAGAGACCAUUCGAUACGCACAGCACCAAGGGCCUCGGCGAGCUAAUCAUGAACGCCAACCCCAGCUUCCCCGUCACCUCCCCCCCAGUCACAAUGCCAUGCAUGCACGCCGUCAGCUCAGCACUCGAGCCCGACCCAACCAAGCGUCUCGGAGCGACAUGGCAAAGCUUCAUCGACAACCCCUUCUUCCGCUCCGUCGACUUCGAGGCCCUAGAGCGCAAGGAGAUCGAGCCCGUCUUCGUGCCGUCAAAAGAUAAGACGAAUUUCGACGCCACAUACGAUCUGGAGGAGUUGCUCCUCGAAGAAGCGCCCCUGGAGGCACGCACACGCCGACAAAAACCCAGGGAACCGCUCGCAGAGGGCGCGACGGAGAAGGAGAUCCGAGAGGAUGAGCUGUACCGCAUGAUCGAGACAGGAUUCAUGCCCUUCGACUACACCCUCGCCGCGUACAACCGCUUCCAAGAAUCCGACGAAGCAGCCAUCCGCGCCCGCAACCCACCCCAAAGCACCACCACAACCCCCGGCUCCACCCCACGCAACAGCGAAACCGCACCCUCGGCAAUGAUGCGCUCCAAAUCCCCCGGCAGCGGCGGACCACCCACCGGUCGUCGUCGCACUCCGUCCGUGUCGAUUAACGGGAAUGGGAAUCCUAACAACAGCAACGGUAGCGGGCCAAGCAAUGGAUAUGGCAAUCCCAACGGUUACGGAUCCUCUCCGCCAUCAGACCACAACGCGCCUGUGCGCCUCGUGUCCUCCAAAAAUGGAGGGUAUAGAGUCAGCCCCACCACGAACCCCUACGACGUCCCCCCCGUCCCUCACCUCCCCCCUCCCCAAGCAGGCGCCAAACACCGCGCCAACGAGAGCACGAACCGGUUGACGCGCCAAUCCAGCAGCUCGCGGAUGGCGAGUAAAGGGGGUGGAUUAUCGGUUACCCUUGGGGAGACGGGGAGUUGGAGUGAGCUUGCUAAGAGAGAUACGACGCUCCCGGCUGAUGCGAAGGAUAUUGGUGGUGCGGUCGGGCAGGGACAGGGGGCGCCGGGGAAGCCGAAUGGGAUGUUGGGGUUUUUGAGUAGGAAGAAGGGGAGGGGACAUAGUCCAAAACCGCAGGAGAAGGGGGUGUUGGGGAAGGAGGGGGCGAGGGUUGUGAUUUCGCAGGGUUGAAGAAGGGGGGGUUGAUGCUGUGAUGCAUUCAUUCGCCUGCUGGCCGAUUUAUUUCUCCAGUUAAUGGAGUUUGUUCGGUCCCUCGAUCACCGAACCGACCGACUAGGCGGACCGUCUAUCGCGAUUGGGAAAGUCUGACAAAUCGACGGAUACGUGAUGGUCUACAUUAUACCUGGUGGAUUUCCGAUCACCUUCGCGCCCGUACCGGUGUUCAUACCUCUACACUUAACUCACCUCUUCCCUCUCUCCGGCGGCUUUUGUUUGGUUUAUUGUCACUCCGACUCGACUCGGAUUCGGUUUUAUGCAUGGCAUUGCGCGGCGCCCUUUCAUACUCUGCUUUUCUGCUUUUAGGCUCCUCCUCACAACUGCGGGUUUACUCGACAACACAACACCUAGUCACGUCGUGGUUAUAUCCCUCUCGUUCUUUUAAUUGGUUGGCGAUGGGAUGCGCGUCGACACGGGAUGCAGACGUGUCGCGGAGGAAGGAAGUAGGACAUAUCGAUGAGGGAAGCACAAGGGGAUGAACGCAUGAGAUGGGGGAUGAUACCACAAGGAACAGCAGAAUAUUCUCCCAACGAAAACGAGACGAAAGAAGUACACAACGGCUCCUCAUCUUCUUCUUUUUUUGUUGGUUGGUUGUAUGUAUGGACCGGGCAGGGUAUGCCCGAUCGAACGAAGGGCGUUUAUUUUUUCACGUGCAUCCUCGCGAUUUGGCUUUGUUGAUCUGUUUUUGUUUACUUUGCUCGCUCGGUUUUGUUUUUGUGCUUUUUGAUACCAGGGGGUGAAGGGAAUCAGUUGGAUGGAUGGGAUGGAUGGCAUGAUGGUGGGAG